AUGCGGGGUGUUCAUGCAGUAAGGGUUCAGAGAGUCCAUGAAGGAGCCCUGGUGCACUUGCUGGUUUUGCUGUGGGUCAGACGUGUAGAUAACCUAGAGAUAAUUAAAGAAACCCUUUCUUCCCCAGACCCAAACGUUCUUCAGUGGCUCCCUGUGUGUGAGGAGGAGGAGGAGGAGGUUGGUGGAGGUGAGUCUCGUGUGGAGGAGCAGAAGAAAAGAGAGGGAGUCCCGCUGCGUCCCAGAGAAGGUGACAAGGACCGAGGAAGUCUGCACCUCUUGUCAACAAAUGAGGAUGAGGAGGAAGAGUUCGCUGAGGCCCCAGAGCGGUCCCCCAUUCAACGUCAGAAGAAUCUGGAGGACCCGGAUUAUCAAAUACCUUUAAGCGUUCAGUCGGAGAGGAGGAAGCCCAGGAGAUCUUGCAGCAGAAAAGCAAGCUCCCACCUCACGUUGAGGGUCUGCAUGCUGGAGGACUCCCAGAUAAAUAUGCUCUCAAAAAAUGUGUUAAGGAAAUACCCGGUGCGCAAAGUGAAGUGUCCCCUUGGUCUGCAGGAACCCAACUUCCUGGGUUUGCUGAAGACCACCUUCCCUCAGCUGGCUGGAGACAACCAACCUUUUGACACUUUUGCGGCUGACAGGUUCAGGACACUACGUCCUCUCAAACUGGAGAAAAUGACAGGGGAGAAUAUCCACAAGACUCUGAAGUCCACAGGAGCAGGGAGAUCUGCCCUGUACAUCCGACUGAAGGCAGAGCAGGAGCAUCUACAUCCUCCACAGCAAGCAGACAAUGUCAUCUCCGUCUCUUCCACACCUCUUUCAUACUCAAGGUCAGAGACCAGCCAGAUUCACAAUGAAGAAAGUGACAGCAGGGUCCCCCAAGACAGAAACUUUACAAAACCACAACAACAACGGAUAGGCUCAGAAGAAGAUGAUGUCGUAGACGGUGGAGUAUCAGAUCCUGCUAACGGUGACCAUAACAGUGGAAGGGAUCAGAAACAGGAUGACAGUGCUGAGCCAAUUGACAGAGGAGAUGAUGGCUGGAAACAGAACGAGAGUGAUGAGGACCUGAAGGAGAAUGAAAAUGAAUCAUGGUCACCCAAAACAGCAAGGAAGCGUUGCAUCAAGCAACGUGGACAAGGAGCCAAGAGCAGGAAAUCAGUAGAAAUGUCUCAAGAGGAGUCUAUUAAGCAAAAUAACCCCACUCUGGCUUGCAGAAGAGAGGUCGAAGCUCACCGCAGGAUCCACAUGGGUGGCAAGUCUUUCUGCUGCAGCCUGUGCGGUAAAUCUCUCAGCGACCUGAGAUCAUUGUCUCACCACAUGCUGCUCCACAGGGGGGAAAAGUGCCACAGCUGCAAGCCAUAUAUCUGUAACGUCUGUGGGAAAGCAUGCUCUGUGGCAGAACACCUGCGGCUCCACAUGAGGACUCACACUGGGGAGAGACCAUACAAGUGCACCGUCUGCCUCAAAGACUUUACCCAGAGCCACUGCCUCAAAACGCACAUGAAGAUCCACCAGGCGGGGGAGAGCUCAACAUCAGCAGGCUCCGUGUCCUGA